UUCUUUAUAGAUUUUUUUCAUAUUGAAAGCUCGAAUAGAAGGAGAAAAUCUAUUCACUCUGCACGGUGAUACAGUUCAUAAUAGCUGUUUUUCCAUGUGUCCAUUCUUCACCAGAAAGGUCACAAUUCUAAAUUAACCAUACAUUAUCUUCCACGUGUCCAUCCUUCGUUAUCUAUAUUUACGCUUUUACCCUUCUUUCUUCUCUUAGCAAUUUCAUGCUACCACUUCUCCUGAAAUUUCACUUUCAUUUCUUAUAGAGCUUUUUUUUUCUUCUUCAUCCUUUCUGUUGUAUUUUGAGUGCCUUACCAUUAGAUCUAUAUAUAUAUCAUCGUCUCUUUAUUUCUGUUGUACCUGCGCUGGCAGAGUUUUUGGUUGGUGGCUGCUAUCUCCGACAGGAGGGUAGGCCAUGGGAGUCGUUUGAAAAAGAGUGGGACGGAUACUUUAUCAAAUUUCAGUCACGAUAUUAGUUUGGUAUUUGCUGCCUUGCUGGGGUAUGGAUAAAUGCAAGGGUUGUGGGAAAUCGGGAAAAAUGGUGAGAGACAGGCUUGUGAAUGCUUACCAGUCUUCUCUUCUUCAUUCUCCCGUUGUUUCUGUUUGGGAUUGUAUUGUGCGCACAAUGAGGUAUUCCAGCAUACCUGAGUGGGUGUAGGUAUAAUUUUAGUAUACUGGUUUCAUAAUAGUUUUUCAUAUUUGGAAUCAUUAGUUUUCGCUAUAGUAUUAUUAAUAACAGGAUAUUAAAGGAAUGAAAAAUAAAUAGUUGUAGAUAUAAUGUAUACCUCUUAAAGAAACUUGAAACAAAAGGAAAUUUGAGAAGGUCUAGGGGCAAUAGAUCUCAAAAUUUGUCAAUAAGAUGGAAUGUGCUAAAGCUUCGCCUGCUGUUAGAAAAGGAAAGAAGAAGCAAGUAAAGGAUGAGAUGGAUCGAAUUAAACAGGCUGAGAAAAAAAAGAGGCGCUUAGAGAAAGCCUUGGCUACUUCAGCUGCCAUUCGCUCAGAAUUGGAAAAGAAGAAACAGAAAAAGAAAGAAGAACAGCAAAAGCUUGAUGAAGAAGGUGCUGCGAUUGCCGAGGCAGUUGCUCUGCAUGUCUUGGUAGGUGAAGAAUCAGAUGAUUCAUGUGAGCUUUUGCUUAAGAAGGAUAAAGAAGUCAACCAAUGGGAUCUUGCUAGAAAUUUUGACCUUUUGAUGGGUGGAGAAAGAGCAAUACUUCCUCAUCAAGACCUCUCAAUAUAUUCAGUUGAAGGAACACGGUGGGUGUCUGGUCCCAACGGGGAUGGAUGCAUGUGGAAUGAGCAGGAAAAUACCGCAUGGAUGGUGUCUUCUGUACCUUGGGUAGGGAAUGUUCACCAUCAAUGGUUUGAUGAUGGGAAUUGGGAGGUUCAAAGAAUUUCUGCUGAUCUUCUUGCAGCACAGGCUGUCUCAUCACUUCAGAUUGCAGGAGAUGCUCCAGUGGACUCAUAUGUCUUCGAUCGGAUGUUGCGGUAGUGAAUUGAAGAACUUAAGUCUAUCAUCCAGUUGGCAGUACCUUAUGAGAUGCUUUUUUUUGUGUUUUUUUUGAAUAAUCCCAUGUAUAUAUUUCAAUUGAUAACUGAAACCGCAUUGCGUGCGAGUUUGUAUGCUUUUGCUAUGUUCAUGCUGGAGCUUUUGAAAUUCACUAUAUGGAUUCUGAAUGAUUGUCACACUUCGAAUGAUAAUAUCUUCUUGUGUAUGGGAAUCUACAGCUGAGUUUCAUUAGA